AUGAGAUUGUUGGCGGAAUUUAAAGAAGAAUUUGAAGGAAGAGAUGGAAAGCUGGUUUCUGCUUAUGUAAAUUGGAAAGCCUUAAAAGAGAGGACCCAAGACAUGCAUGAGGUCGCCAAGAUUGAGUCAAAGUUGAGAUCUGAGCAUGACAAUGAGCAAACCGAAGAUGGCAUGUCUAAUUCAACAGUGGCUGGUCUUGCUCCUCAAGAACUUGUUCCCAUUGACCCUGUUCGUCUUGAUGGGAAGAACUACCCGAUCUGGGGGCGGCGAAUGGAGUUUUUCCUCAAGGAAUUAAAAGUUGAAUAUGUACUCUACGAGCCAUGCCCUAGCAUUAUGCUAGGAUCUGAAGCAACUACUGAAGAAAUUGCUGGAUCGAAGGCUGCUGAAGAGAAAUGGAUCAAGGAUGACUUUAUGUGCCUUCGCACCAUCUUGAACUAUCUAUGUGAUGAUCUCCUCCAUCGUUACGCAAAGAGAAAGAAAACUACAACUGCUAAACAACUGUGGGACGAUCUAAAAUUAAUGUUCGGAACAAAGAGAUCUCUGGUUAGAAAGUACAUGGAAUUUCAGAUGGUUGAUGAGAAGACAGUUGUGGAGCAAGUUCAAGAAUUCAAUUGCAUUUUCGAUGACGUUGUGGCUUCUGGAAUGACGUUGAGUGAGAAAUUUCAUGUCUCUGCCAUCUUAAUUAACCAAGCUCCCUGCCUCUUGGAAGUACUCAAACAUCAAGUUAUUGACGGGGAAGGAGAAGCCUUUGACUUUAGAAGUGUUGAUGGAUAG